AUGGCGGAAAACAAAGGAGGCGGCGGCGGCGGGGAGGGGGCUGCCGAGGCCGGGCCGGGCGGCGGCGGCGCUUUGGAGCCCGCGGCCGCGUCCCCCUCGGGCGCGGCGCCGCCCGCACCCUCCGCGGCGCCUCCCGAGGAACGGGAGAGCCCGGGCGCGGCGGCGGCGGCGGCGGCGGAGCGCGGUGUCGGGGAGGCCGAGGCCGAGGCGGGGCCCGGGGUGGUUCCGGGGCCGGGCCCCAGCCCGGUUCCCCCGCUGACGCCGGCGGUGCCGGGGCCUUUCUCGCUGCUGGACACCUGCGCCGUGUGCGCGCAGAGCCUGCAGAGCCGGCGCGAGGCUGAGCCUAAACUGCUGCCCUGCCUGCACUCCUUCUGCCGCCGCUGUUUGCCCGAGCCCGAGCGGCAGCUCAGCGUGCCCGUGCCCGGCGGCGCCAACGGCGACGUGCAGCAAGUUGGGGUGAUCAGAUGUCCGAUAUGCCGCCAAGAAUGCAGGCAGAUAGAUCUGGUGGAUAACUACUUUGUGAAGGACACAUCGGAAACACCGAGCAGCUCUGAUGAGAAAUCAGAACAGGUGUGCACAAGCUGUGAAGACAACGCUAGUGCUGUGGGAUUUUGUGUAGAAUGUGGGGAAUGGUUGUGCAAGACUUGCAUAGAAGCUCAUCAGCGAGUAAAAUUUACUAAAGAUCAUAUGAUCAGAAAAAAAGAGGAUGUAUCUUCAGAGGCCGUGGGAGCAUCUGGUCAACGUCCUGUUUUCUGUCCUGUCCACAAACAAGAGCAGUUAAAACUUUUCUGUGAAACAUGUGACAGGCUGACAUGCAGAGACUGUCAGUUACUGGAACACAAAGAACACAGGUAUCAGUUUCUAGAAGAAGCUUUCCAGAACCAGAAGGGUGCGAUUGAGAACCUGUUGGCCAAACUUCUUGAGAAGAAGAAUUAUGUCAAUUUUGCAGCUACACAAGUUCAAAACAGGAUAAAAGAAGUAAAUGAAACUAACAAACGAGUAGAACAGGAAAUCAAAGUGGCUAUAUUCACCCUCAUAAAUGAAAUCAAUAAAAAGGGCAAAUCUCUCCUACAGCACCUUGAGAAUGUAACGAAGGAAAGACAGAUGAAGUUAAUACAACAGCAAAAUGACAUCACUGGUCUUUCUCGACAAGUGAAGCAUGUGAUGAACUUUACUAAUUGGGCCAUUGCAAGUGGCAGCAGUACUGCUUUGCUGUACAGUAAACGGCUGAUAACAUUCCAGUUACGACAUAUUUUGAAGGCACGUUGUGAUCCUGUCCCAGCUGCCAACGGAGCAAUUCGCUUUCAUUGUGACCCCACGUUUUGGGCAAAGAACGUUGUCAAUUUAGGUAACCUUGUUAUUGAAAAUAAGCCAGCUCCUAGUUACACUCCUAAUGUAGUGGUUGGACAAGCUCCUCCAGGGACAAACCACAUCAACAAAGCUCCAGGACAAAUCAAUCUAGCACAGCUUCGACUUCAGCACAUGCAGCAACAGGUGUAUGCACAAAAGCAUCAGCAAUUGCAGCAGAUGAGGAUGGGACAGCCAUCUGGGUCAGUUCCCAGACAAACCAACCCUCAAGUCUUACAGCAGCAGCCUCCCAGGUUGAUCAGCAUGCAGACCAUGCAGAGAGGUAACAUGAACUGUGGGGCUUUCCAAGCACAUCAGAUGAGAAUGGCUCAGAAUGCUGCUCGUAUACCAGGAAUACCACGCCACAAUGGACCACAAUACUCCAUGAUGCAACCUCACCUUCAAAGACAACAUUCUAACCCUGGGCAUGCGGGGCCUUUUCCAGUUGUUUCUGUGCACAACAACACUAUUAAUCCAACUAGUCCUACUACAGCAACAAUGGCAAGUGCAAACCGUGGCCCAACCAGUCCGUCUGUUACAGCAAUCGAACUCAUUCCUUCCGUCACAAACCCAGAGAAUUUACCUUCCCUGCCAGAUAUCCCACCCAUCCAGCUUGAGGAUGCUGGUUCAAGUAAUUUGGAUAACCUUUUAAGCAGAUAUAUCACAGGCAGCCAUCUACCCCCACAACCCACAAGUACCAUGAAUCCUUCCCCAGGACCUUCAGCUCUAUCUCCAGGGUCAUCAGGUUUAUCCAACUCCCACACUCCUGUGAGGCCACCUAGUACCUCCAGCACAGGAAGUAGAGGAAGCUGUGGCUCCUCAGGCAGAACUGCUGAGAAAACUAGUGUUAACUUCAAGUCUGACCAGGUAAAAGUCAAGCAAGAGCCGGGGACAGAGGAAGAGAUAUGCAGUUUCUCAGGAACAGUAAAGCAGGAGAAAACAGAGGAUGGCAGAAGGAGUGCUUGCAUGCUUAGCAGUCCUGAGAGCAGCUUGACACCACCACUGUCCACUAACUUGCAUCUGGAAAGUGAAUUGGAAGCCUUAGGAAGUCUGGAAAAUCACGUAAAAACUGAGCCAGGAGACUUGAGUGAAAGCUGCAAACAGUCUGGGCAUGGCCUUCUCAAUGGAAAAUCCCCCAUGCGGAGCCUAAUGCACCGAUCAGCUAGAACUGGAGGAGAAGGCAGUAAUAAGGAUGAUGAUCCGAAUGAAGACUGGUGUGCUGUAUGCCAAAACGGAGGAGAUCUGUUAUGUUGUGAAAAGUGCCCCAAAGUGUUUCACCUGACUUGUCAUGUUCCAACACUCCUCAGCUUUCCGAGUGGAGACUGGAUAUGUACAUUCUGCAGAGAUCUAAGCAAACCAGAAGUAGAAUAUGAUUGUGACAACUUGCAACACAGCAAGAAAGGGAAAACAGCACAAGGCCUGAGUCCAGUGGACCAAAGGAAAUGUGAACGUCUCCUGCUUUACCUGUAUUGUCAUGAGCUGAGCAUUGAAUUUCAGGAGCCAGUCCCAGCCUCGAUACCAAACUACUACAAAAUAAUAAAGAAGCCAAUGGAUUUAUCUACAGUGAAAAAGAAACUGCAAAAGAAGCAUUCUCAGCAUUACCAAACUCCCGAGGACUUUGUGGCUGAUGUCAGGUUGAUCUUCAAGAACUGUGAAAGGUUUAAUGAAAUGAUGAAAGUUGUUCAAGUUUAUGCAGAAACACAAGAGAUUAAUUUGAAGGCUGAUUCAGAAGUAGCACAGGCAGGGAAGGCAGUUGCAUUAUACUUUGAAGAUAAACUUACAGAGAUCUACCCAGACAGGACCUUCCAGCCUUUGCCUGAAUUUGAGCAGGAAGAGGAUGAUGGUGAAAUAACUGAGGACUCCGAUGAAGAUUUUAUACAGCCACGUAGGAAACGCCUAAAAUCAGAUGAGAGACCAGUGCAUAUAAAGUAAUCUAAUUAUAUGGACCUUAAAUUUAUUGUAAAAACUGUUAUUUAAGUGUUCCUGGAAUAUUACCAUGCCUAUGGUGGCCGUCUUGAAGAAGCUGAUAGCUUUUUAAACAGUAUUAGAGUACAAAAAACACUUGUACAGAAAGGUAUUCUCAUCAGAAGGGGAAAAACUGUAUUGUAAAUUUUUGAUGGAUUUUUUUUUUUUUUUUCCCUUGGCUAUUUUCUAUUUCCUUUCUCUUCCUGAUGGAGGGGACACAAACUCAUCCUGGUCUCAGAUAGAGGUGGAUGAAUGUUGAAGAGAAGCAGAUUUGAAAAGAGAUGCUCCAUGUACAGAUGAGAUGGCUUAGUAAAAUGUUGUGCAGGACUGGACCAAUGCAGUUGCUAUGUGUUACUUUCAUGCUGGACUAUCAUGUAAAACUGUAAGCAAUUUUCCCCAGAUCCCCUCUUUGUGUGAACUGAAAUGCGUGUUGGGUCAUUGCUUUCAUCAUCUCAUUUAAAUGCUGUUGUGAACAACUGAUCUUCCGUGUUGAUCCAGUUACCUAAAUUUGACUUUCUUUACUACGUUUUGUGUACAGCAAAAGAAAAAACAAAACAAAACAAAACAAACCAUCAUUAAACUGUUCUGAAUUGGC